UCUCUCUCUCUCUCUUUGGAAAGGACAAAGAGGGUAGAGAAGAGAAGUGUGUGAGUGUUUAAUCAUGCAAAGAAAGGACUAAAAAGUGAAGAAGAGAAUUUAAUUCCUUCCCUACCCUCAAGAAGAAAUGGCUUGAGGGACAACAUUCUUUAGAAGAGACAAACUUCUUUUUCUUUCUUUUCUCCUCUUCUCAUUUUCUCUUUGUCUCUCUUUUCUUGCAUGGUCUUUUGUUAUUCUGAAGAGAGCAAGAAAGAAAGUAACAAAGAAAGAAAGAUUUAACUGUGGAAUGGGCAUAAGAGGAAACUGAUCAUAAAUUGUUGGAAAUGACUUGGUGCAAUGACUGCAGUGAUGUUCAAACAAUUGAAAGAAGCUCUCCGGCUCCAUCUAGUAAUAAUACAAGUGUUAUUGCUCAAAGACACAAAGAAAGCUUACUUAGAUGCUGUCCUUCAUGCGGUCACCAGAUCAAAUGUCCAGACCAGGCAAGAAUCCAUGAUUUGCCGGGGCUACCUGCUGGAGUGAAGUUUGAUCCGACUGAUCAAGAGCUGCUUGAGCAUUUGGAAGGGAAGGUGAAGUCUGAUGCUCGCAAGCUUCAUCCUCUAAUAGAUGAGUUCAUCCCUACAAUUGAAGGGGAGAAUGGAAUUUGCUACACCCACCCUGAAAAAUUGCCAGGGGUUAGCAAAGAUGGGUUAGUUCGCCACUUUUUUCAUAGACCUUCAAAAGCGUACACAACAGGAACAAGAAAAAGAAGAAAGGUGCAUACAGACACUGAAGGUGGAGAGACAAGGUGGCACAAAACAGGCAAGACUAGACCAGUUUUUGUUGGUGGGAAGGUGAAAGGAUACAAGAAGAUUCUUGUGCUCUACACCAACUAUGGUAAGCAAAGGAAGCCUGAGAAGACUAAUUGGGUAAUGCAUCAAUACCAUCUUGGCAAUAAUGAAGAAGAAAAAGACGGAGAACUUGUUGUUUCAAAAGUUUUUUAUCAAACACAACCUAGACAAUGUGGUUCAAUCAUGAAAGACUCUAUUCCUUCAAAAUUAAAAGGACAAAGUGUCCAUGAAGUUGCUAAUAACAGCCUUAAGAAUGCUACUCUUGUUGAGUAUUAUACUCCUUCUUUUAUAUCCUUUGAUCAAGGUGGUCAAACCAGACCAAACCCUCCUCAGUUGCUUCCACAUUUUGCAGUCCAUGAUGGAUCUUCUUUCAUCCCUUGAAAAUAAAAAGAAUCAGCUAAAGAAGGAUUAUAUGGUGUAGGAGAAAAGGCUGCAUGAAAAUGGUGGUGAGCAACGCAAAGAAACAUGCAGAAGUUCAAAUCUUGAGAGAGCAAUGGUGAAAUAAAUUUAUAUUUUAUAUGGUGGUAACCAAUGCAAGAAACAUGCAGGUGGAGCUGUUGAUCAGCAAUGGUGAAAUAAAUUACUACCUUGAUAUAUUUUAUUUACUUUAAUGUUCUUAUAUAUUAGGGCAAAAAGGCACAUGGAAAAAGAAUAAGAUUUCUUUAGCUAAAGACUAGGAGUCAGAUUCUUCAGGGUGAAAUUUGAAGAUCUUGGCCAUAGCAAGCUAUAACUUUUCUUUCUUUUUUCUUUUUUACCUAUUUUGGUUUUAUAAUGUUUAUAUACAUGCUUUGUACGGUGAUCCGAAGAUGUAAAUUUCACAUGGGGUCGUGACCCUUUUCUCCGAGAGUGUUUACUUUGGAAACUGUACAAAGAUGAUUCUUUACCUUAAUGUUCUAACUUGUUUUAUAUAA